GCUCCGCAGAGCAUCCCGGGGGGACUAGGUGGCGGCGCCGGCAUCGGAUGAAGGAGCGGAAGCACUUUGAAGUUUGGCGGAAGCGGAAGCUCGUCCUUGAAGGAUUAUGGCGGCGCUGGUGAGGGUUGUGACUCAUCGAGCUGGAGUACCACAAUGGAUUGCAUUAUGCAGUGGAUUGAUACAAACGACAUUAGCUCAGCAACAAUGGGGCAGGAUGCUCCAUGGCACUCUCCAGAGACGCAAGAAUGGCCAGUCACAACUAACCCAAGUUUGCUGUGGAUUAAUACAAACCAUUGGUACAGUAAAGCAGCCAAACAGAACACUUCAUCACACAAACAAGGUUUUUACAGCCAAAGACUCCCCUCAGCCAUCUGAAGAGAAAGUAGGUGCUUUCACGAAGAUAAUAGAAGCAAUGGGUUUCACAGGACCACUAAAAUAUAACAAAUGGAAAAUCAAAAUAGCAGCCCUGCGAAUGUACACAUGCUGUGUGGAGAAAACAGACUAUGAGGAAUUCUUUAACAAAUUUCAGAUGCCUGACACAUUGAACUCAUGGUUUUUAGUAGCACAGCUUCACGUCUGGAUGUGUUUAGUACGAAUGAAGCAAGAAGGACGAACAGGAAAAUACAUGUGUCGCUAUAUAGUUCAUUCUAUGUGGGAAGAUGUUGAGCAACGUGGGAAGGUCAUGGGAAUUGAUUCUGUUGCCCUGAAAACGAGUAUGAGAAGCAUGACAGAAAAUUUCUAUGCAGCUAUUUUUGGAUAUGAUGAGGGAAUUUUAUCAGAUGAUCAUGUGCUUGCAGCAGCCAUCUGGAGAAAUCUGUUCAACAAGCAUUGUGAAGACCCAAGGCAGCUGGAAAUAAUGGUGGAAUAUAUACGCAAGCAGGUGCAGCACCUGGAUGCUAUUCCUGGAGAAGACCUGCUGCUGUCUGGUGAAGUGACCUGGCGCCCCCUUGUGGAAACAAAUGCUCAAAGCAUCGUGAAACCUGCUUUACCCACAUAUAAUGAUGAAGGACUCUGAAAUCUUCAUCACCCUGCUUGAAAACGUUUGCUGCUGACUGUGUUUAAUUCUAUAUGUGGAACAAUUCCUGGAAGUGAGACUUGAUUUAUACUGUGGGGAUUUCCAGGAAAGAAAGGAAUAAAUGCUGUAUUUGCUGUUUGAAAGAGUGAUUAGAACUCCUCUUUUUGUAAUUAUUUUCACCUUAGAAAUAUUAACAUGCUACUUUUAUAGUAUUAUAUCUGUGGUUAAAUGCUGCUAGUUCAUUUCAGGAAUCCCUCUCAGUUCCAUUAUCUGGUUGUUCCAACACACAGGUUCUUGAAUGGAGCUUCCUUUUCUUGAGAGCAAAAUAGUUUACCAAAGUGACAGGCAAUAUGCUUUUCGUCUAGUAAGAGGGGAUCAGCUGUCUAAACAUACCAUAAUUCUGUCUUCCAUAAAACUGGUAAGCACAAGCAUGGAUAUGAAAGACGUUCUUUGGUACAAGUAUUGUGCGUCUUGGGACAAAUGAGAAACUAGAAUUCCAAAGCAUGAAAAAUGCAGACGUUUUUGCAAGGAUUGCCUGCCCUUUCCCAACUAAGGUUAGUAUGAAGCUGAUCCCAAUAGUGAGGGACAGUUUCCUUCCUUGCCUCUGUAAUAGUUUUUAUGACCCAAUAGAUGGAAGAGUUUUUGUUUCUUUUUUAAUGACCCCAUGGGAGGCAGAGAGCCAAACUAGACAUGAUAUUAAUGUGCAGGUUUAAAAAAAUGCAGAACAUCAGCUGGCAUUUUCUUUCCACUGAAUGUUCCAUUUGCAUUUGAGAAAUUUACCUGAGGAUUACAGCAUGGGAGGAAGGUGUUACAUUUCUCCUCCAUGCCUGAUGCAAUCUUGAUUAUUGUCAGCCCCACCCUAGCUGAUGCUAUUUGCAUUUUUUAAAGCUGCACAUUAUGCUUGUCAUGUCAGGCUGGUUUGGGCCCGAGUCUUGUGACUUAAAAACACUUCAGGGUUCCAUGUCUCCAAACUGUGUUCUGAAGGUUUUUGCAGUAUGAGCAACAUUUCCUAUUCAUGGGUUUGUUUUGCUCAGGUCACCUCUUUAUAAAAUAGUGGCUCAGGAUCCUACGUGACUAACAAGAGUUCAUUCGCUUCAAAACAGCCCUUGUAUGUGCUGCAUUAAGGUUAGCGCAUUAUUCCAUUCUAGAGGCACAACCUAUUUUGUUUCUCUUAUGGUACAACAUGUAACCCGAGAAACAAUUCUCAUGUUUUUCCUUACCAUGUAAUGCCUUUGCUGAAAACCUGGAGAAUAGUUCUCCACACACAUUUUAAAAUUUGAUCCAAAUAAAUGUACUGAAAACAA